CAACCCAACAACCACAUCACUCCACUGCUCAAUUCGAUAACAUGGCUUUCACUCCUGGAGGCCGAGGUGGUCGUGGUGGUGGUGAUCGAGGACGAGGCGGCGGACGAGGCGGCUUCGGCGGCGACAGAGGCGGGCGAGGUGGCUCAAGAGGUGGCUUUGGCGACCGCGGUGGCCGAGGCGGUGGUCGCGGCGGCUUCGGCGACAGAGGUGGGCGUGGUGGCGGCGGCCGAGGACGUGGUGCACCGCGUGGGCGUGGAGCUCCUCGCGGUGGCAGAGGCGGCGCAGGUGCAAAGGGUGGUCAGAAAGUUAUCAUUGAGCCUCACAGACACGCUGGUGUGUUCGUUGCUCGCGGCAAGGAAGAUUUGCUCGUGACCAAGAACCUGACUCCAGGCGAGGCCGUCUACGGUGAGAAGCGCAUCUCCAUCGACACACCCAACACCACCACCGGCGACGCGACCAACGGUGACUCUGUCACAACCAAGACCGAGUAUCGCGUGUGGAAUCCUUUCCGAUCGAAGUUGGCGGCAGGUAUCCUUGGUGGUCUUGAGGACAUCCACAUGAAGCCUGGCAGCAAAGUUCUCUACCUGGGAGCUGCUUCUGGCACAUCUGUCUCGCACGUCGCUGACAUUGUUGGUCCAACUGGUACCGUCUUCGCCGUCGAAUUCUCACACCGAUCUGGUCGCGACCUGAUCAACAUGGCCACACAUCGCACAAACGUCAUCCCCAUUGUGGAGGAUGCCCGUCACCCUCUCAAGUAUCGUAUGCUCGUCAGCAUGGUCGACUGCAUCUUCGCCGACGUUGCGCAACCCGAUCAAGCACGUAUCGUCGGUCUGAAUGCUCACCAGUUUCUCAAGGUGGGCGGUGGUGUCCUCAUCUCCAUCAAAGCCAGCUGUAUCGACUCGACUGCAUCACCAGAGGCUGUGUUCGCAAGAGAAGUAGUCAAGCUCAGGGAAGAGCGCAUCAAGCCAAAAGAGCAACUCACACUGGAGCCUUUCGAGCGUGACCAUGCCAUGGUCGUCGGUGUUUACCAGCGUGCCGGAUAAGCCUUCGCUGCUUUUUGUCAAGAUGAAUAUGACGAUGUUACAAUGGAACUCAGUUCGGGUUGGCGUUCUGUGGCGCAAUGAAGGCGCAUCGAAUAAGCCCCAAGGACCAGGCUCGGAGAGAUUGAUUUUGACUUACUUGCUGUGUUAGACCUCAUAACAUUCUGUACAGCAUUCUCACUUUCGCCCCGUCCAUUUUCAUGGACCGUCCACUCAAAGCGAACGUGAGCAGAUGAAGUAUACGCACGGAUGUCAAAUUGCAAUGCAGCCCAAAUUCAAUGGCUAUCGUUGUGCCGCUUUCGAGAAGUGCAAGAGUAAUAAAUUGCCUCGCUAACCCAAUUUCCGAUUCGUUCCUCUUGGACGACGUUGGAGGGAAGCAGGGCCUACACAUCGUUUGUGGCGACUUGCUUGGACAUGAAAGGAAAUGUCCUAUAUUCAUCUGAAGAUCCACUUUUGUUCAUUGUACCGAAUAUUGAGGGUCAACCGUGCGCGCAUUUCUUUGACUAACUGUAGAAUAAAGAAAUUGUUUUGCUUCUUUCACUUUCACCUCUUACAAGGCGGGAAACAAGAGGAGCUCUUCCCUCUUUGUCUAUCAACAAGAAGAUCUUGGCUUUCACCAGACACUCGUCCUUUGAAGUGAACUGUCGCGAGCCUUUUGCAAUGCCAGUACAAUGAAUGAUACUUUUCUGAACAGAACAAAGACGGACAAGAUACAUAAGCCGGAAAUGAACUCCCC